AUGCCCAAUCAACCCUCUGUGCGUGUUGUCGUCAAACUACCGUAUAACCGACCAGAUAACCCUCCGCACGAUCCUCCUACGAUUGAAUGGACAGCUGAAAAAGCCGAUAUUCUAUGGAAAGUCAUUGAAAGAUCGCGCUCCGUGGACAGUGCUGGUGCCGAUUGGAAGGGUCUCGCCGCGCACCUCGAAGUCCCACUCCCGUAUCUGCUGUAUCGCGUUAAUGCCCGCUUCCAGGAGGAAAUUCGUGGGCUGCGCGAUAUUCAAGGCGCGCUCAGUCCCUCCUCCGCCCAACCUACAACGACUGGUGGGCUUACAAGCGCGACGUCGCCGCAUCACGAUUUUCCUGCGGCUUCCGGGGCUGGUGGAAAAGGAGACAGGCCUGUCGGCAUCGCUGGGCGCUUGGGGAUGCUAGGAAGCGGUGGCGGCAGUAGGCAUCUGUCGGGUUCGAGAAUUGGUGUACGUGCGCGUUUGAAUUCACUCGGCCAGGGUGUAGGAGGGAGUAAUAAUGGUAAUGCGAACAACAACUCACGGCAAGCGAAGAAACCUACAUCCUCAUCGACGCUGACGCUGCAAGCGGGCAAGAGGCCAUCGUAUGGGCUUGUUUCCGUGAGGCCUGUAACCCCUUUGAGCUCGGAAAGCGAAUCUGAAGACGAGGAGGCGAUCAAAGAGGAGGAAGCCGAACGGAAUGCGGAGGAGGAAGAUGCGCUCACGAAGAAGCUCGCCGCGCUACAGAAGAUGAUGACCAUAGACACGCUUGGGCUUGUUAGUGGAGCGCGAGCGCGGGGUGACAAGGGAAAAGGGAAAGACAACCGUGGGCGGUCGGCGCCGCUCUCACCUCGCUCCGCGGGAAGCUCUCGUGUCGACACGCUGUCGAGCAGGUCACAGAGCAUAUCGAGUGCGAGCUCGCCACAGGGGUCAAUACCCGACAUGCCGAUGUCUGGAUCCCCAUCGUCUGAAUCGCAACCCCACUCGCCUCCGGCACGCAAUAGAAACCAGAAUUUCUCACCGCAUAAAGCUCCUUCGAGUCCGCCUGCUGUGUCGUCAAAAAGCGCUCAGGGACAUCAUGUAAAUCACCAGAGCCAGCGGAGGUUCGGUCCUCUGGUAGACCGGACCAGUGACAUUGGAAGUAGCCAUGGUUCAGAGGCGUCGAGUUUCAGUGACUUGAGUGAUGCAAGUAUAUCUGCUUCGGCGCUUGAGAGCGCUCUUCUUUCGAAUCUUGGAAGUAAUGGCUCACGAUUGCAAGUAUCCUUCUGUCAGUUUGAUGUUACAAACCUGCUGAAGCAAAAUUUAUGUAGUUCCCAGUUUACAAGAAGCCGCCCUUCAAAUCGCACCCACUCUGUCGUGCCGCAAUAA